CGUCAGUGUCAGUGUCAUUAACACGUGUGGUUUAUUUUGUUUGUUUGGUUGUUUUGUAUUACUUAUUCUAGUCUAGUGAUCAGUUUAUAAGAAAAUCAUUAUAAAACACUGUGUAACUAAGAAGAAAAUAUAUCUAUUGUCAAAAUGAGUUGUACACACUGCGAACAAGUUGCAAAAUAUAAAUGUCCCGUCUGUAGAGUGCCAUAUUGCUCAGUGUCGUGUUAUAAAAUCCACAAAGAAACUCCCUGUAGUCCGCCACAAGAGCCACCUAAGGAAACAAAUUAUUCCAAUACUAAAGAAAUAGAAUAUGAUUAUCCUACAGAAGAUACAGUACCUAUUGAAAAGUUAAAACUACUAGAGCAGUCAACAGAAUUGAAGAAAUGUUUAGAGAAUCCUCAUGUGAGAGAGAUAUUAGAUUUACUAGACACAUCUCCAUAUCCGGAUGAAUUGAUGAAGAAAUACAUGCAGGAGCCCAUCUUCACUGAAUUUGUUGAUGCAUGCUUGAAUGUUGUACAGCCACAAAGUGAUAAUGAUAAUUAAGAUUAUGCAAAUAAAUUAUUUAUAAGAUAAUACAAAA